AUCGAUAAACAAAAAAUAGUUUGCGGAUUAGCCGACAGGCAUGAGGCAUGAAUAUCUAGACACGAUACGUCUGAUUGAAAAUUCCUAGUAACUCUAGAUUCCGGAAGUGCUGAGGCAUUUAAUGAAUCCUACGACAAAGCACAGGGAGCGUGGGAGACACAAAAAGAAAGCGAAAGAGGGGGAAUUGGGUGUUUGCUAGGAAGAGUUCUCGAUCGCGUGAAAGAUCUAAUUCGCGAGGAUGGAUUUCAACGUGAAGAAGCUGGUGAAGGAUGCAGGAGCCGCACUCAGCAGAGUCGUGCAGAUGACAGAAGAGACGCUGGGUACUUCAGAAAAGACCGAGCUAGACGCUCAUUUGGAACACCUAGCAGAAAGAGGAAAUGCCACCAAAACAUGGACCGAAAAGAUACUGCGGAAUAUGGAAGCUGUGCUUACUCCGAAUCCUGGUAACAGGAUUGAAGAUUUCUUUUACGAAAAGAUAGAUAAACGAAAACCAAACAGAUUAAGCAAUUUAGAAUACGUAGGAAAUGACAUGAUUGAAGCUGGAAAUGAUUUUGGUCCUGGAAUAGCUUAUGGUAGCGCAUUAAUAAAAGUCGGUCAAUGUCAGCAGAGAUUGGGACAGAUUGAAAGGGACUUCAUAGGAACUGCUGCUAAUUGUUAUAUACAGCCUCUGAGAAAGUUCUUAGAUGGAGAAAUGAAAACUGUCAGCAAGGAAAUGGCGAUAUUAGAAACCAAAAGAUUGGACCUGGAUGCAUGUAAAAAUAGAGUAAGGAAAGCAAGGAGCAUGCUGGGUCAACAGAGUGAGUCCGGCAUAUCACCUGAAGUGUUGCUCGAUCAGGCAGAGAGGGAGCUGAGGGUAGCACAAUCAGAGUUCGAUCGACAAGCAGAGAUAGUGAAAUUGCUGCUGGAAGGUGUCUCGAGCUCACAGGCCGGACAUUUGCGAUGCUUGCAUGAAUUCGUGGAGGCGCAAACACGUCAUUACGCGCAAUGUCACGCUGUCAUGCAAGAUCUACAGCGCGAGCUUGCCGGACUAUCUGGGGGUCCCUAUUACACCACCCCACCAGCCACCACCAACGCACUAGCCGAGAACGAUCAGGAUAGAGCAAGAGUGUUGUGCAAUUACGACGCGAGGGAUCCUAGCGAGCUAAGCGUCCUGCAAGAUGAGGUAAUCGGUAUUUACAAUAUUCCCGACGACGACGAUUACUUCAUGGGAAUUAGAGGCAAUCAACGAGGAAAGGUGCCCAAAGUAUAUUUGGAAACGCUUAUUAUACAUCAUUAAUGCACUUAGAAGCUAUCGUCUAUUGUCAAUUGCAUUUAUAGUCAAUUUAGCGCACUGCUCUCUCGUUAAGAGAUUUUAUUUUUAGCUUCAAUUAGUCGAAAUAAUGGUUAUCCUACUUGGCUUGAAAAGUGAUUCAUUAC